AUGUGCCACUUUCAGGUCUCCUCACACUGCUGGUGGGUUCCAUUUUGUCAUAGGGUGCUGGCAGAUUACGGGCCUCCCAUUGCUGCUGCCAGGCCCGUAAUCUGCCAUGGGCCCCUGUACCGCCUCCUCAUGCUGCUGCCAGGUCCAGAGUGUCUCAUGGGUCCCUGUACGGCCUCCCAUUGCUGCUGUCUCCGUCGCCACACUCUGCCAUGUGCCACUUUCAGGUCUCCUCACACUGCUGGUGGGUUCCAUUUUGUCAUAGGGUGCUGUAUGGCCUCCCAUUGCUGCUGCCUCCACCGCCACACUGUGGCUCCACACUCUGGUUUUGGCCCCGUGACUGCCCAAAUGAGUGAAGUGUGCGGUGAU